AUGCAGCUGUUCAUCAUCGCCACCGCUGUCUUCGGCAUUGCCGCCGCUGCCUACUCUCCCUACCAGGAACAAAACCGUCCCCAGGCUCAAUACGAGAAGAACGCUCGUAUCAUCGCUCUGGAGUCUGAAGUUAAGGAAGACUCCUACAGAUACAACUAUGAAACUGAAAACGGCAUCAAGGCCCAGGAACAAGGACAAGAGGUCGACGGUAUUGAAGCUCAGGGUGGUUUCCAAUACACCGGUGAUGAUGGUCAGGUGUACUCCAUCAGCUACGCUGCUGGUGCCAAUGGCUUCCAGCCCCAGGGUGCCCACCUCCCAGUACCUCCCCCCACCCCAGAGGCCAUCCUGAAGGCUUUGGAGCAAAACGCACGUGAUGAAGCUGCCGGAAUUAUUGAUGAUGGUCAAUACAACCCUGGCAAAUACGCCGGUGCUGGUUCAGCAGCCGCCCCAGCGUUUGUUCAGACUCCAUACGCCCGCGCUCAAGCCUCCGCUGGUUUCCGUAAACCAUACAAAUUCUAA